AGAGCUAGAACAAAAAAUUUAAUGAAAAACAACAAAAAAUACGACAACAAAUAAAUAGCCAAAAAUAUAUCAGUGCGCAAAUGUAAAAUGCGGCUGUGAUUAUAAAUCUGGACGACGCAGCGGCAGCGGGCAACCUAACGCGCGUGUGUAUAUUUUUUUGUUGUCAGUGUGUGCGUGUGUAUAUGUGCGUGUAUCCAUAUUACAUGCACACGGAAUGUGUGUGUAUGUAUAUGCCGAAUAUGUGUUAUCAAUAGAAUAAUUCGUAAAUGUGUUGGAGCAACAAUUUAAACAUAUACUUUACACGCAGAUCUCUUCACACUAAUGCAAACAGUUUGCGCAUGCGUUUAAGGCUUUCGAUAGUUCAGUUGGAGUUUGAGUUGCACAACAAGUGGGAAACGCAGAGAAGCAGCCACAAACGUAAAACUUGCAGCAGCAGCACCAACACCACCACCACCACCAGCAGCAGCAGCAGCAGCAGCAGCAGCAACACGAUCAGGAGCAGAAGCAGGAGGAGGAUUAGGCUAGCAAGCUGGCCACCACAAGCUAUCGGCUGGUCGUGGCGCCAAGUGGCAGCCAAAGAGCCGCAGGCAAUGGCACGACAACAACAACAACAGUCAGCGCAGGCGCUGGCGGCGCUGGCAGCAAUCACAGCUCCAGCAGCGGUGGCAUCAAUGUGA